CAUAAAUGGAUUAAUUCACUCAUGAUCCAAUUGCCUCCUAAAGACUGUCAACACUGCUGCUUUAGGGGCCAGACUCUCAAUCCAUGAGCUUUUGGUGGACAGCUAAGAAGCAAAUCAUAAUAAGUGAUAAUACAUAUAACACAGUUGGCACACAGUGAGGUUAAAUCAUUGGAACUGAAGAGAUGGCAGUGUUUUUUUUUUUUUUUUUUUUAGCAGAAAAGGGGCCAUGUAGAGGGAUUUUAAUCUAGCAACAUGGCUACUCUGGUUAGAAUACAAACAGACCUGUAGUACUCACCUUCAAUCCUAAAUAAUGGAAGUAAAGUUAGUCUCUAGGAGGAAGCACCCAUGUUUGAAAGUGAUGUCUAAUUGAGUGGCAGACAAAAUAACAAAUCACAGAAAUAUUUGGCAGAAUAGGAUAUGCCCAACUCUCAGGAGAAGAGAGAAGAAAGGGAAGGUACGUGGGGGAGAGGUGUAGUGUGAGAGAGGAGGCGGUUUUACUGGGAGAGUUUUACAGAGACGGCUGAAGAGAGAACAGCUAGACACAGGGACACAGAGGAAGACAGACUGAGCCAGAGAAUGAGAGGAACAGAAGAUCAGAACAGACUGCUAGAGUUUGUUUGAGGUCAAGCAGAACAAUUCAGUCAGAAGCCAAGAGACAAGCAGCCAGAUUGCAUCCAUCGUCUUGGAGAGGAAUUUUAAGUUUAACUAGCCAGCCAGAGUUCAGAAAGAACAAGAAAGGGUGAGUUUAUUUAGCAGUAAGUCUCAGAGGCUGAAAACAUUCUAGGCCCAAAUAAGAUUCUAUGGCAACUAGAAGCUUCCAGAACUAGGCCUAGGUUAGCAGACUGUUAGCCUGGGAGACGACAAUUGUAUCAGGCAAAUAAAAGCUCAGAAGUUAAGAGCUCUUGCUGCUCUUGCAGUGGAUCCAGCACCCACUCUGGGAGAACACAGCUGCAUGUACUCCAGUUAUACGAUCCAAUGACUUCUUUUCCUUCCAGCGGUACUUGCACAUAUGUGGCAUGCAUUCAUACAUAUACACAUAAAAUAAAAAUACACAUAAAUAAAGGGAAAGCAUGAAAAGAAUGAGCUCAUUCUUUCUGUAAUCUCAACCAGAAUGACUAUCAGCUUUCUCAAACCAUGAAACCCUAGUAAAAUAUGCAUAAAUUUACUUAAGUUUUUCAGGUUUUCAUUUCCAGACCUAAUAGAGUUAGUUGGUGUCAGAUGAUGUAGAUUGUAUUUAUCUGUACAAACUUACAGUAUAUGGGUUGAUUAUUCAUCCCUCAAAUCCACGAAGACACAGAACCUCCUAAUGUGAACUUCCUUGGGAAAUCAGGGUACUUGCUGUUGUACUUAAUUUAAUAAGAUCACAUUGUAGUAGAGUAAGUUCUACAUCAAAUGCUUAGUAUUCUUACAAGAAGGUGAUAUAUAUAUAUGAGAGAAUAAGAGAUUACACUUGUUGUUUGAAGCCCAGAAACACCAAGAGCCACUAGGAUCUAGAAGAGACAAAAAAUAGAUCAUCCUGCAGACGCUGUAGAGGGAGAUUGGGUUUGUUUACUUCUUCAUCUCAGACCAGUGACCUCUAGAACUAUGGGAAAAUAAUUUCUUAUCUUCAGACACCCACUUUGAAGUGAUUUUAUGGCAUUCUUAGAAAGCUGGUGUAGAUAUUGGUAUCAUAUAUUGGACAUUGUUGCAAGAGAUGCCUGAAAAUGUGAAGUGGCUUUGGAAUUGGAGCUGAAUGAAAUACUUUUUAGAGUACAAUAGAAACAGCGUAGAUGUCCUUAAGAAAUAGUGUGUGGCAAUAGGGACAUCCAAGUCAAUCCUAUUAAUAUACCAUACAUAUACAGGUAAUCAUAGACACAGUUAGGUAAAUAUUUAAAUAUUUACCUUUUAUAACGAUUCAUGAAGAAAUGAAACCCAUUUGGAUGGACCCUGAAGGAAGGGUCAUCCUCCUUACAAAUGGUAGAAAAUGUGGUACAAUUUUUUUCUAUUGGCCAUAAAGAAGAAAGCUUUAUAAAGGUUAAAUACUAAGCUGGGAUUUUUUUUUUUUUUGGAACAAUGAAGAUGCAAAAUCUAUCAGCAUCUGAGAGUGCUUCUGGAAUUGUUCACCAAGUCUCUGUACCUUCAAACAGCUUCCUAGAUACUUAAGCCUGACCACAAGUACAAGCCAGAGACAAAGCCAGAGAACCAAGAAGUUUCUGCUUCUGGGUAUGAUGAAAACCAUGAUCAAAGCAAGUGAUCGAUUAAAGGGUUCAUUUGGCUUAUGCUUCCAGACCAUAGUAUAUCAAUGCAAGAAGAGAGGAAAUCAAACAGGGCAGGAAACAGGAAGCAAGAGCUGAUGCAAAGCCAUGAAGGAAUGCUAUACUGACUUGCUGCAUAUAACUUGCUUAGCCUACUUUCUUAUAGAAUCCAGGACUACCAGCUCAGUUGGCCCAAUCAUAUGGAGGCAUUUUCUCAAUUGAGACUUCCUUCUCCCUGAUGACUCUAGCUUGUGCCAAAGUGACACAACCAGCAUAACAACCUUUGAUAAGUCUUAUAACUUAGAAAAGUCCCUGAAUUAGAAUGUUUUCAAUAAGACAGGCAUCCCUAUAUUACAUACAGCUUGCUGCUACACUACAGGUAAUUAGCUACUAUCAGCUUCUGUUUCCAAAUCUCUUCUUAGCGCCAAACACAAAUCACAUCUGCAGUCCCAUUUCUAGAAGACUCUGAGACCCGUCAUACAGAUGAACAGGAUGGAGAUGAGUCUAAUUUCAGCAAAAAGGAAAGGUCUAAUUACACUGACAAAGAGAGGUCUUUGAUGUUGCAGCCUAUUCUCAAUUCUUCAGACAGCCUCCUUACCAAUCAAUAUUCUCAAUGCUCACACAUGUCUCUAAAAUUUCAACCUGUGGAUUCAAGGUCACUGGCUGUUGGCAUUUCUCAGUGAUUUCACUAGAGCAAUGAUUUUCAGAGGCUUGAAUAAGGUUACAGCUGUUGAGUUUGAUUUCCAAAGGACAUUUGGCAAAACAUGGCUACAUUUUUAGUUAUCACAGCUUGAAUGGAAGGUCAGCUGCUUGGGCAUGUAGUUGGGAGAAGGAAAAAGCUGGAUCAUCUUACAGACACAGGCCACCUUCUACACCACAUUAUCUAGCCCAAAGUAUCCAUAAUGCCUACACUGAGAAAUCCUAGUUUUGAGUAACAAAGAAGCUGUAUUUCUUGACACAAGUUUUGAGGCAUGAAUUUGUAACUCUGGACUUUUGCUCAUCACACAGACACACACACACACAGACACACACACACACACAUACAUACAUACAUACAUAUAUAAUAUUUAGAUACACAUUUAAUAUUUAUUAUAUUUAAAUAUAUAUAUUUGUUGUUGCAAAAAUAUAAAAAAUAAAAAAAAGUAAGGUUGUCUUUUACUCCCCUUAGGUCUGGCACUGCAGUGCCCCAAGAUAUCUGCUGGAUAUCUUAAUUCUCAGUCAGCAAAGCCUCUCACCCGCUUUGCUCCAUCCCAUAUCACACUGUCGAAGGCCUCUCUCUGAGCAAUCUCUCUACCUAUGUAGUUCCCAAGGCAGGUUUCCAUGCCAGAAACACACAUCCCAACUCCGUGGUGGCCCAGACCAGCCGCCCACACUCCAUUACACUUAAACCUACACAUGAAAGAACACACAACACAAUAACCUUUGACCCAAUUGAGAAGAUAUAAUUGCCCACCUAAACAUACAAAACCCAAUACACAUCCAUCCCUUAAAAACAUCCGUAAUAAACUGUGAAGGUACAGUGUGGAAUCUUAACGUCACCUGCCAUAUUGUCCUGCCACAGCUUCUCUCCCUCUCCCUCCUCUCUCCUCUUCCUUUCCAUUCCAGUCUCUUCCUCUUCCUUCAAACUUUUCUCCCACCCAUCCUUCCUUCUCGUCCAGUGACAGGCCUCUUUCUGUCUUGUGCCUGCCUCACCUGUGACAUCAUCCCACAUGUAUUGGCUGUUCUUGGAGCUGCUUUCCAGUUCAUCCCAGGCCAUUUAUUUUUUGCUCCAUCCUGAUGGUCUAUUAUAAGAAGUGCAGGUUUCCCCAUUGACUGUGAUCAACAGGCAUUUUAUUUUAAAUGAUCACAUGUAAUAAUUUAACUAGUUAUUUCUUACUACAAUGCCUUCAUUUUAUUGGCAAUAACAUUCUCCCUGUGUUUUGAGCCAAACCAUAUCAAAUAAAUCUUUCAAAGGAUGCAAUUUUAUUUCCUUUUUAUUACUCAAACAUAUAGUGUACCAAUCAGAUUUUUAGUUUCGACAUGCUCUUAGCCCUGGAAAUUUCUGGUUUUUAAAAAAAUAUCUCCCUUCACUCUUGACCCCCACCACAGUUUAGCUACAUACUUAACAUUUUUGCGUUUGAACAGAAAUAUCAAUUCCUCUAGAAUGCUUUUCCUUUGUGUUUCCUCCCCUCUUAGCGUGUGUAUUCUUUCUUUGGUUGUCCAGAGUAACAGUAAUUUACUUGAUUAUAUAUUCAGCUGUAUCUUAAACUGUGGCUGGGAAAAGACUAUAAUUAUUUUUCAUAAGGUACAUUCCCUAAAUUGCUGUAUAUGGUAUUUACUAAAUAUGUUGUAGUGAAGUAUCUUUGAAGAGUUAACUCCUCAUUGCAUUUAGUGAUUUGAUGUCUACAAAUUUCACUUACAAUUUUUCAAAACAUUUCAUUUUCCAUGUUAAACGUGCUGACAUUCAACAUAUAUUUGUGGAAUAAAUGAAUGAAUGUAAUCGAUUUCAUUCAAGCCCUUGUCUAAUAUAAGAGUAGCUCAAAAACUGUUAAGACUGCUGCAGAUAUUUUAAUAGCUUCUUUAGGAUAGGAUGUGGCAUCUGAAGUUGCUGAAUGACUGCCCCAUGGAGUGCAUAUUUCCCUCAUUUUUAAUGCACUUAAAAAUAAUCUUAAACAAUUUUUGUAACUUGAUACCGGGUACUGUUUUCUGCCGGUAUAGAUACACAGUCUGAGAAACUUACCAAACUGAACAUGGUGGCAUAUUCCUGUAAUCCUAGUACUUAAGAGGUUGUAACAGGAUAAUAUGACUUCACGAUUAGGCUGGACUACUAAUGGGCAAGACUGACCUUCAAAAAACAAAGGAAAUAAACUACAAUAUGCUUGUGAGAGGAAUUUUGCCAUAGUUGUGUUAUGUUUUUUUAGUUGUUUAUUUAUAUGGAUGUCUUCCAAUCAGAAAGUGGUUGGUUACUCCUAUAUCCUUUGUGCCACUGUUGCACCAGCAUAUCUUGGAGGCAGGUUGCUUUUGUUUGUGGUUGGGUGCUAUUGAUAAUCACCUUUCUCCUCCUCUGGUAGUGUGCAGAGCACCUUAACAGUAGCCAUUAGGGGUGCAGCUUCUAAUUGAGUACUAGCUUAAUGUGUCUAUGUUCAAUAACAGUAAAAUGUGUCUUCAGCAAUAGGAACUUACUGUCAGGUUGUAGAGAGCAAGUGAUCGUUUGUGCUGUUUGAAAGGUUGUAUGGAAGCCAGCCAGUGACUCAACAGGAGGUAACCCAUUCUCAGCACUGCAGUUUUUACUUGGUGAGAUAAGAUAUCUAGUUGAGGCAUUGUCUCCCCCAUACAUCAAUUAAUGGAUUAACUUGUGCAAAUUGAAUUCUUCAAACACUAAUUCAACUCUGAUGUAACUUUUACAUAUAAUGAGCAUGCUAACACAUAGCUCUCUCUUGAGAGAGGACUAAAUGUGAGUGGCCAUACUGGGAACACAGAUUUGGAUCCUUCUAAAUGCUAUGUUCAAUGAGGUAGUAAUCUCAUCAACUUUUUAUUGUAAUAGAAGAAAGUCACUUUUCAAUCAACACUUUUCAACUACUCUGGUGGAUGUAUCAGGUAGGUGGGUUAUGGCAAGAUGGACAGAACUCUGUUAUAAGCCUCGGAUUCUCACUGACAACACUCUUAUCCCUUUGACUGGUGCAAUACGAGGGUUUUGUUAAGUUAGCUCAUUCCAAAAGAUUUUCAACUGCUAGUCACACAAUGUUAGAUCUGACACAGAGGUGGCCAAAGAAUAACUAUUUAGUAGGCAAAACAUAGACAGGAUAAUUUGCAAUUAAGGUCUAGAUUGAUAAUAUUCCAGCUUCUCCACAUCACUGCAGUUUUAACCAAUCAGCUUUAGCACACACAGCUUCAUUCUAGGAAUUGGCAUUCAGAGCUUAGGGUAGCAUUUAGCACGCAUAGGGGAGCACAUCUAAUCUAUUCCAUAUCAUAAUGGUCCUUGUAGUUUAGGAGGCUUAUGCAUAGGAUUUAACAGAUUAGGCAGAGUUUUAGUCAGAACAACUUGUCUUCAGGACAGAGGAAUAGCUUGUCCAUCAAGAAACAAACUCCCAGGUCAUGUAAAAGAAAUUAGUCAUUAUGAUUAGAAUCUUACUUAAUAAAAACUCGGGCUGGAGAGAUAUCUCAGUGGCUAAUAGCACUGGCUGCUCUUCCAGAGGAUCCAGCACCCUUAUGGUAGCUCACAACUGUCUGUAACUCCAGUUCCAGAAGUUCUGACAUCCUCACACAGACGUACAAGCACAUCAAACACCCUAACCAUAAAACUUAAUAAUAAUAAUAAUAAUAAUAAUAAUAAUAAUAAUAAUAACUUCUUUUUGUAUGUGACAUAACAUUCUCAUUUACAAACCUUUGCCAGUAAACACAUUUUUGGACAUUUCUACUUAAGGAAAAGCAAUUCACUGAAGCAGUAGGUGGUGGGAGGGUAUAGAUACCAGUUAUGGUUUUUAAUAGUUCUUUAAGAUUCCAAAGAUAAACCAAAAUCAAUAAUUGAUCUUACGUAACUGGAAGGUGAUGGGGAAUGGUUUCAGGGAGGUCUAUGUUUCCCUAGGCUAUGGGCAGAGCUUCCCAGGCUGCCAGAGAGCCCUCUGAUCCUUCUUAAAGUUACUGAGUUCCAGUCAACCUUACUCGGUUGGUUUCGGCUUUCUCCGGCGAGGGACCGAGUCUGCGCACGCGCACUCAGCUUCUGCUGCUAGCGGCUGGUUUCGUCUACAGUUUUUACUUCCUUCUUGGCAGAGCUGUAUCCGGGUCGUUCUUCUCCCUAUUGUCUCUGACAGUCGGCCCUCGACUGGAAAUUCUGGGUCUUUUUUGUUGCUUCUGGUGCAGGCUAAUAAAAGUUUUCUUUUUAUUUCCACUUUUUACCGGGGCACUUCCUCUCGCAGGGCGGCCGGUUCGGGCCUGGCGCCCCUGGCCAGGGAGCGCAGGGGAAGUGGCGCCGGGCGGGCGUGGGGCGGGGGGAGGGACGGUAGCCCGCCCCUGGGGUCGCCCCAGCUCGGUCGGCGCACCGCCCUGCCUAAAUAGCUGCUCUCCGAUUUGUCUCCUUGGCCCUCUGCGCGUCCCUGGUACCUUGCCUCCCGCAUCCUUCCCUAGGUCUCCAAACGACCACCUCACGGAUUCCUUAUGGAUCGCAGCUCCAAGAGGAGGCAGGUGAAGCCUUUGGCCGCUUCUCUCCUGGAAGCUCUUGAUUAUGAUAGUUCAGAUGACAGUGAUUUUAAAGUUGGAGAUGCUUCAGAUUCUGAAGGGAGUGGUAAUGGAAGUGAAGACCCUUCAAAGGACAGUGGAGAAGGUUCCUGUAGUGAUUCUGAGGAAAACAUUUUAGAAGAAGAACUGAAUGAAGAUAUUAAAGUAAAAGAAGAACAGCUUAGAAAUUCUACAGAGGAAAUAAUGUCAUCAGACAAACAGUUAAUUAAAAUGGAAAAGAAGGAAGAAGAAGAAAACGGAGAAAGACCUAGAAAGAGAAAGGAGAAAGAGAAGGAGAAAGAAAAGGAAAGAGAGAAGGACAAAGAAAAAGCAACAGUAUCUGAUAGUGCUGCUGCUUCUGCUGCUGGCACCACACCAGCCACAAGCCCUCCUGCUGUUACCUCCCCUGCUGUCCCCACCACCACCACUUCAUCGGAGGAACAAGUCAGUGAGCCCAAGAAAUGGAAUCUUCGUCGAAACCGGCCCCUCUUGGACUUUGUAUCCAUGGAAGAGCUGAAUGAUAUGGAUGAUUAUGACAGUGAGGAUGACAAUGACUGGAGACCUACUGUAGUAAAGAGAAAGGGGAGAUCGGCAUCUCAGAAGGAGGGCAGUGAUGGAGACAAUGAGGAUGAUGACGAUGAGGGAAGUGGGAGUGAGGAAGAUGAGAAUGAUGAGGGCAAUGAUGAAGACCAUAGCAGCCCUGCUAGUGAAGCAGGUGGCAAGAAGAAGAAGAGUAAAGUUCUUAGCAGAAACAGUGCUGAUGAUGAGGAACUGACCAAUGAUAGCCUGACCCUAUCUCAAAGCAAGAGUAAUGAGGACUCGCUGAUUCUUGAGAAGAGUCAAAACUGGAGUUCCCAAAAAAUGGACCACAUUCUGAUUUGCUGUGUUUGUCUUGGAGAUAAUAGUGAAGAUGCAGACGAAAUUAUUCAGUGUGACAAUUGUGGCAUUACAGUUCAUGAAGGUUGUUAUGGAGUAGAUGGGGAAAGUGACUCUAUUAUGAGUUCGGCUUCUGAAAACUCCACUGAGCCUUGGUUUUGUGAUGCCUGUAAAUGUGGUGUGUCUCCGAGCUGUGAACUGUGUCCUAAUCAGGAUGGGAUUUUCAAGGAGACCGAUGCUGGAAGAUGGGUUCACAUUGUUUGUGCCCUAUAUGUUCCUGGAGUAGCCUUUGGAGAUAUUGAUAAAUUACGACCAGUAACAUUAACAGAAAUGAACUAUUCUAAAUAUGGUGCCAAGGAGUGUAGCUUUUGUGAAGACCCUCGCUUUGCUAGAACUGGAGUUUGCAUUAGCUGUGAUGCAGGCAUGUGUAGAGCCUAUUUUCAUGUUACCUGUGCCCAGAAGGAAGGCCUGCUUUCAGAGGCAGCAGCAGAAGAGGAUAUAGCAGAUCCAUUCUUUGCUUAUUGUAAGCAGCAUGCAGACAGGUUAGACAGAAAAUGGAAAAGAAAAAACUACUUGGCUCUACAGUCCUAUUGUAAAAUGUCUCUGCAAGAGAGAGAAAAACAGCUGUCUCCUGAAGCACAGGCAAGGAUCAAUGCCCGACUACAGCAGUAUCGUGCCAAGGCAGAGCUGGCUCGAUCUACCAGACCACAAGCCUGGGUUCCAAGGGAAAAGCUACCCAGGCCACUCACAAGUAGUGCUUCGGCCAUUCGUAAGCUUAUGCGCAAAGCAGAACUGAUGGGAAUCAGUACGGAUAUCUUUCCAGUGGACAACUCAGAUACUAGUUCUAGUGUGGAUGGAAGGCGGAAACAUAAGCAGCCAGCUCUUACUGCUGAUUUUGUGAAUUACUAUUUUGAGAGAAAUAUGCGCAUGAUUCAAAUUCAGGAAAAUAUGGCUGAACAAAAGAAUAUAAAGGAUAAAUUAGAGAAUGAGCAAGAAAAGCUUCAUGUAGAAUAUAAUAAGCUCUGUGAAUCGUUAGAGGAACUGCAAAAUCUUAAUGGGAAACUUCGAAGUGAAGGACAAGGAAUAUGGGCCUUACUUGGCCGAAUUACAGGGCAGAAGCUGAAUGUACCGGCAAUCUUACGAGCACCUAAGGAAAGAAAACCAAGUAAAAAAGAAGGAGGCACACAAAAGACAUCCUCUCUUCCUACAGUGCUUUAUAGUUGUGGAAUUUGUAAGAAGAACCAUGAUCAGCAUCUUCUUUUACUGUGUGACACCUGUAAACUGCAUUAUCAUCUUGGCUGCCUUGAUCCUCCUCUUACAAGAAUGCCGAGAAAGACGAAAAACAGUUAUUGGCAGUGCUCAGAGUGUGACCAGGCAGGGAGCAGUGACAUGGAGGCCGAGAUGGCCAUGGAAACCUUGCCAGAUGGAACCAAACGAUCAAGGAGACAGAUUAAGGAGCCAGUGAAGUUUGUGCCACAGGAUGUACCACCAGAACCCAAGAAGAUUCCAAUAAGAAACACGAGAACCAGAGGACGAAAGAGAAGCUUUGUUCCUGAGGAAGAAAAACAUGAGGAAAGAGUUCCUAGGGAAAGAAGGCAGAGGCAGUCUGUGCUGCAGAAGAAGCCCAAGGCUGAAGACUUAAGAACUGAAUGUUCAACUUGCAAAGGAACUGGAGAGAAUGAGAAUCUCGUCAGAUACCCUUCAUGAGACCCAACUCUGCCACAGCUCAUCCUCGGAGGCAAUCCCGGAAACCUCUUUUAUAAGUGUGAUUUUAAAAAUGCGGAUAAAACUCUCAAUAGAGCAUAUAAACUAAAGGAGACCAGCUGUCUUGUCCUUCCCAUAAGCUUAUCACUGCAAAAGUGCUUUUGCUUGUCAAGUUUGCAUAGAAUGUAAUUGAUUGGUUUAUUAUAUGGGUAGACAAGGCAGUUAAUUUGCCUGUGUGGAUUUUUCCCUUUUUCUAUUUUUCUUCUCUCUCUCUUUUUCCCUUCCUCCUUCCCCCUUUCAAUAUUCAGAAACACUUGGUGUAUGCAUUAUUAAAAACAAGAGUGAGUAAUGUCUUGUCAGAAUUAUUUUAGUGGGUAAAUGUCUUUCCUCUUGUUUCUUUGGCAAAAGACGAUACAGUAUUUGGACUGAAAACUACAGGGAGCAGUAGGACUUUACCUGCUCUGUGCUCCCCUGUUACUGAAUGAAUAUCUCUCUGUUAUUUGUAAAAAGGAGAAUGCUUUCCACUGAUCUGUAAGUCUGUACCACCUCAUUUGCUACAUGUAUUCACACACAAGAGCAGCUCUAGGCUCAUAUUUAAUGCUAUUUCUAUCUGUAUAUUCCGCAAAAGGGAAAGACUGGUGAAGACUACAACUCUGAGUCCUGUGGAAGCACUUGAUAUAAGCACGGACAUUUUAUAACUAGAAUUUAAAGUCAAGAAUGAACAUAGUAUCUGUACUAGUGUUUAGGUAACUUCUCAGAAAUACCCAACUCUAUUCCUUAUUGUUUUAUUUACUAUGAACUUGCUGUGUUCCAUUUAAUUUUACUUUUGAACUCAAAUGUGAAGCUGUGAAAUGCGGGACACACAGAGCUUGUUGAGUGUGCCGCCCGCCCGCUGAAAGAUCUUCACCAGCCCUGUGUCUUCCCAGAGGCUCAGAGCUUACCUUUGAUCCUCACGCUUUACCGAUCCAGUUUUAAGUCAACGGCAGAAAUACUUUGAAUAUUGCACCACUUAAUCUUGAACUGAUUUAGAAGAGACUGAUGAAAUUGGAAUGCACAUAUCCAUGUAAAUUGUCAAAUUGUCUCUUGAAAUUCCAUUGUUUAUCAUAUGGCUUUGGACCUUUUCAGGUAUAAGGGCAUUUGGAAUAGUUUAAACUUUAGGAUUAGAAUAGAGAAUGCCUUAGAUAGUAAAUGCAAGUGUAAUUGUAAAGCCGGUGUUUCUAGUGAUCUAGUAGUUAUAGGAACCAUAUGAUUGGAUAAAAUGUUUAGUAAAAUUAAAUAUGUAUGAAAUAAUGUAUAAGGAUACUAGUAAUUUAUUGAAUUUAUUGCACUGAAAAAAUACUCAUAAUCCUUAGGAAAAGCAGUAUGCUUUCUCUGAGUCUUAAGAGAGAAACAGUUGAUAUUACUUAAUUUAUGGAAAAGAUGGGAAACUCCAGCAAAAUUAAGAAAAACUGACAGUGGAUGCUUACCAUUUUUCAAAUGAACUAUACUGUAGUCCAGUUGUCUUUAGCAUAAGGUAAGAAAACAUUAAUGGAUAUUUUCUUAAUUUAUGGUUUCUUGUUCUCUCUGAUGGGUUUUUGUUUUGGUUCUGAGAAAUCAUAGGUAGCAUAGCUGUACUCGCAGUGUUGACUCAAAACUCUUCACAGUGGUUAUGACUGGGACAGUGUAAUUGUCAUUCUUCAUUCAGUCUUUAGUGCUAGUAAAAGACCCAUGUUACAUGUUUGUCACAUGUUACAGGUAUAAACUUCACAGUUCCUACAUGAUAUAGUCUUUAAAGUCACACUCAGAACAGCCUUUCUUUAAUAAUCUCCUAAAUGAAGUACAAAAUUAACUUUUGUCUAUUAUUGGUCUUUUACUGUUCAAAGGGAAAAUUAAUGUUUAUCUGAGAAAACAUUUCUAAGUAAUUAAUAUCUCAUAAAUAUAUGUAAGAGAAUGACAGCCCAGGUAUUUGACAUUUAUUUGGUGCAGGAUAGGAAGCAGGAGAAAUACUAAAAUGUCAGGAAAGGGAUGAUAUUUUAAGGGAGAGUGCUUAAUUGGUGAGGUGCCAUAUUAGCAUCAGUGCCUACCCACGUGAAAGGCUGGCUUAUAAUCCUACUGAGGCAAAACAAAGACCAAAGGAUCUCUGUGAUUGACUGAUCAGCCACCCUACAGAUUUGGCAAAUAGGCCAAUGACAGACCCUAUGUCAAAAAAUGUAGUGGAGGGUUUCUAAAGCCGUGUGGCAGACCAACACAUGCGUACGCAUGCACGCAUGCAUGCACGCACACACAUGCUAUUACCUCUCCUAAAACAUAAUUACCUCCCCAACACUUACAUAAUAUUGGGAGGGAGAUUAAAUGCCUCUGAAAUUCAAAAUGGCUGAUAGAGUAGUAAUAGAUCAGAGUCACAAGAAGAAUUUUUUGAGACUCAGUUGGGCUCAUCUUAUUCUCCAGCUCCACCAAAUGUACUCUCAUACCUUUCUGGAGUUUCUAAUUGUGGGUCUAUGAUGAAACUCAAAAUCUGAGUUUGUAACAGGUUUCAAAUAAUGUUAAUUUAGCUGGUCAAAGACAUUACUUUGAGAAGAAUUCAUAUACAGUUAUUUGUUUAAAAUAAUCUGAUUUAUUCAGUGCUGAUUAAUGAGUGUUGGUUUAAUGCCUUUUAGGGGCCCUUUGUAUAAAGAGGUUUGUAGAAAAGUAGUAUCUUCUGAAACACAUAACAUACAACUUUCUUAAUUGAAAAGACUUUAAAUUAAACAUUUAUUUCACUGAAGAAAAACAUUGCUUGUCCAAAAUGUCAUAAUUCUUUCAUUAAAAAUAGUUAUGAAUGAUAUAAAAACAAUAUUUAGCCUUAGCUUGUAUCGAAUUUAAUUUAGAUAUUUAUGCAUCAGUUAUGUAUCACCACAUCUUGUGUUUCUUAUAUUUUUGGUUGUGAGCCUAGCCUUUAACGGCUGAGCCAUCUCUCCAGCCCACAUCUUGUGUUUCUUGAAUGUGUAUCUGAAACCAUAUGUGGCAUAAAAAUAGAUUUCUGAAAAAUAAUGUUCACAUUUGUUAAGUUACUUUCCCAUUUAGGCAAUAGUGAAAUACUUUUUUAAGCACUCAGAUUUACAAACUUUAAACACAUACAUGCACAUACAAACACAUACAAAACCCCUCGUAAGUAUGUUUUACUUCACGCACAAUAUGGAAAUAUGUCACCAAAAUCUGUUUUGAUUCAGAAGGAAUCUGCAGCAGAUUAUUAGAAUAUUAACAUUUUCUGAAACAUUUUCCGUUUUCUGAAAUUAUUUUUGACUAUUGAAACUUGUUUAAGAGACUUCCUCAAAACACGUACAGACAUGACAAAACAUAUGAAGGCAGAAUUUAUCUAUAUCUGCCUGAGUCACCACUUUGUAAAUUUAUAUAUUUAUAAGGAAUGUGAACGGAGUUGGGAUUUAUAAGAGGUUCUUUAUAGGAGAAAAAUGUAGGUUUCUUUCCUGUAGCGAUCACUGCAAGGUGCUCUGUAAGCCUGUCAGUAAGAUUGACUGCUGUUCAGGUACAUAGGAUGUAAUGAAAUUGAAUGUUCAUGCUGGGCUUGGUAAAUAGAAUGAGGUUGACCUCCUAGCCAUUAUCUCAUUUAUCUGAUUUACAUUGUGAAAUCAAGAUCUACACUAUUGAUUGGAGUAUAAUUAGUUAAUUGUGAACAGGAAAAUACAAAGUUACAUGGAGCUUGAACACAGCAGGUUGUAGUGCUAAAAACGUUCCAAGGGCAUGAGCAGAUGGAGAUCAGUUUAUUAGAGAAUAAAGCAGACGUGUUUCAGGUAUGGAAAUGUCUAAUCAUUCUCUCAAGCUGUGACGAGAUAUUUGACCUUAUUGUGUAUUGCCUUGUUUGAUGUUCUGGGUUUUGUUGGUUUUUUUGUUUUGUUUUGUUUUCUUAUUUCACUUUUGAAGUUGCAACCUGGCUGUUGCAGGUGUAGAUAAUGAGUUGAUGCCACUCUUUAGGCGGGCUUGGAUUUGGCUUUUCCCAAAUCGUGUUUCACUUUAUCAGUAUUCACCUGUAAUACUGAUUUUAGACUCCCACCACCCACUCAUUCACUGUUGUCUGUGAGAGAAAUACUCAGUAGAAUUAACGAAAUAGCUUUCUGUGCUCCACCUUGCUCUGAUAUCUGUGAUAUAUGACUUAAAACGAGUUUCUAAUUAAUUUGUAUAGGAAAUGUUUAUGUAAGUGGUGACUUGCACUAAAAUUGCUACAUUUUACAAAAAUUAACAUAUUUUACUUAUAGGUAUUAUACCAUUAACAGUUCAUAUCGUUUAAAAAAUGUUAAGGGCCUCAGUAUAUAUUCCACUUGUUUAGAAUGUACAUUAAAUUGAAAUGACUGGUCAGUGUUCACUGUAAUAACUUAUGACAGUUAGUUGCUGCAAUUGUAUUUAAAUGGCUAGCUAGUAAGGUUUUAUUUAAGCAGUGUUAUUAGUCAAGACUAAUCGAAGAGGAAGUCAGAAGAUCCAGCCAAUCAGUUCUCUAGAUGCUCAUGUUUCUAAAUGAAAACUGCAGUGUUCUGUAGUUUCAGACACAGCUACUUUACUCAGCAUUGUUUAGGGAAUACUCACUAUUGUGCUCCAUUAAGGUAAUAGAAUACCUACAGUUAUCAACACCAAUGUAACCGUAAAACAGCACACCCCUUUUAAAGUCUGAGCCUCAGAUUCUGGUUAUUUUUAAAGGCCAAUUUGUCAUGUGGCCAUAAACUGUUUGCUUAGGAGGUGCACUCACUUAUAUCAUAUUAUAUCAUAUUAUUUACUUGGCAGCUAGGUUUCUUUUAAAGGAAUUACUUAGUGUAUGCCACAAAUAACCUUAUUGUUGUUGGAAAUUAAGAAAGCUAAAGAAACCCUUUAGAGCAAUGGUUCUCAGUCUUCCUAAGGUUGUGACCCUUUCAUACACUUUAGCUCAUUGCAGUAAGAACCAAUCAAAAUUAUUUUUGUCGGUCUUUCGUAACUUUAAUUUUGUUACAGUUAUGAAUUAUAAUGUAAAUAUGUAUGUUUUCUGUGGUCUUAGGCAAAUCCUAUAAAAGGAUCAUUCAAUCCUCCAAAGGGGUCACAGACCCCCAAGUUGAGAACCAUUGUUCCAGCACCUUGACUAGUUUGCCUUUAGGCAUAGAGAAAAUAUUGAGUCAGAUAUAUUUGCUUAUUUCCACUUUGUCAGCAGUCACUCAAUACCUAGGUUAUUGCUUGUGUGGAUCAUAGCACAUAGGAAGAUCAAUCAUCUUCUCUUCUUCUCUAGUGUGCUGUAACACUAAGUAAGUAUUUUAAUAAAAAUAGAGCUGUGCUUAUUUAGUCUCUACAUUUUCCUAAAUCAACUUACAGAAUAUCGUAGAGAACUUCUCUGUCAUUUGUGUUUGUAUCAAAUCUUAAUGUAGAAUGUAGGAAGUUGUACUUAAUCGGUACUUGAUUGGUCAGAUUGUGUUUUACACUAGAAAUGGGCUUUGUUUCGUUUCACUAAACUAUAAAUUUUAGGAUUCCCUGUAGUCUAAUGUGAACAAUAUUUACUAAAUACUUUAAAUAUACUUCUUUAAUCAUCUCAUUUAGUUUUUAUUUAAAGACACGCUCUUCAUAUGCUAAAUUUAUAUUUUGUUUAUGAUUAAGGUUCGUCCUUUUUAUUAUAAUGUGCUACUGGUACAAUAAUGCUUUUCUUAUAUCAACAUUUGUUUUGUUUAAUAAAGUAUAUUGUGUUACAUCACA